CCAAUCCAUAUGUUUUUGUACUCACUCACUCACUCACUCAUAACUACUCAGACCACCAAACACUGAAUCUUUCUCUACUCUCUCUUCUCUCUUCUCUCUCUCAGACAGCUUGUUGAGAUUCAUCUGAUUAAUCACAGCCUCUGGAAUCCAGAAAGCAGGCCAUCCAUGGCUUCAACUGUCUCAACCGUUGGAGUUGUUAACCGAACACCGUUGUGCUUCAACAACUCCAGUUCUGGAGGUUCUGUCCCAAGCUCAGCAUUUCUGGGUAGCAGUUUGAAGAAGGUGAACUCUAAAUACACCCACUCAAAGACAGAGUCUAAGAACUUCAAAAUUGUAGCUGAAAUCGACGAGAAGAAGCAGACAGACAAGGACAAAUGGAGAGGCCUUGCCUAUGAUAUCUCUGACGACCAACAGGACAUCACCAGAGGAAAGGGAAUGGUUGAUUCUCUCUUCCAAGCUCCACAGGGCGCCGGAACCCAUGAUCCUGUCAUGAGUUCUUACGAAUACAUCAGUACCGGACUUCGCCAAUACAACAUGGACAACAACAUGGAUGGGUUCUAUAUUGCUCCGGCUUUCAUGGACAAGCUUGUUGUUCACAUUACUAAGAACUUCAUGACUCUUCCCAAUAUCAAGGUCCCUCUCAUUCUCGGCAUCUGGGGAGGCAAAGGUCAGGGGAAAUCUUUCCAGUGCGAGCUCGUCUUCGCCAAGAUGGGUAUCAGCCCCAUCAUGAUGAGUGCUGGAGAGCUGGAAAGUGGGAAUGCAGGAGAACCCGCAAAAUUGAUCAGGCAAAGGUACCGGGAAGCUUCAGAUAUCAUCAGGAAAGGGAAAAUGUGCUGCCUAUUUAUCAAUGAUCUGGAUGCCGGAGCUGGUAGGAUGGGUGGAACUACCCAAUACACUGUCAACAACCAGAUGGUGAAUGCCACCCUUAUGAACAUUGCUGAUAAUCCCACAAAUGUCCAGCUUCCUGGUAUGUAUAACAAGGAGGAUAAUGCCCGUGUUCCAAUUAUAGUCACAGGUAAUGACUUCUCCACAUUGUAUGCUCCUCUCAUUCGUGAUGGUCGUAUGGAGAAAUUCUACUGGGCUCCAACUCGGGAGGAUCGCAUUGGUGUUUGUAUUGGCAUCUUCAAGAGUGACAAUGUGCCCGAUGAGGAUGUUGUCAAGAUUGUCGACACCUUCCCUGGUCAAUCUAUUGAUUUCUUUGGUGCCAUUAGAGCUCGAGUCUACGAUGAUGAAGUGAGGAAGUGGGUAUCAGGUGUUGGAGUUGACACCAUUGGAAAGAAGCUUGUGAACUCAAAAGAGGGGCCCCCAACUUUUGAGCAGCCAAAAAUGACAGUUGAAAAGCUUCUCGAGUACGGUUACAUGCUUGUCCAGGAACAAGAGAAUGUGAAGAGAGUCCAAUUGGCCGACCAGUACUUGAGUGAGGCAGCUCUUGGAGAUGCAAAUAAGGAUGCUAUCAACAGAGGAACUUUCUAUGGCAAGGCAGCUCAACAAGUUCAUAUUCCUGUCCCCGAAGGUUGCACAGACCCGUAUGCAACAAACUUUGAUCCUACAGCUAGGAGUGAUAAUGGGAGCUGCCAGUAUUGAACCUAGGCCUGCUCUAUUCUUUAUGUAUUGGCUGUUUUGGGAAGACGAUCUGCUUUUUGUAAAUUAUUUGAAUUGGAGGCAUAGCUACCUUUGUUUUCAUGAAUACUGUUGUGUAAGUUUUGUUGGAAUAUAAAUUAUAUUUGCUCUUGAUAGGUGUGUUGUGUUA